AUGUUUCAGUCAAACAGUUUCCAGUUGAGUUUUUGGCAAUUUUGCGAGCAACUUUUUGCUUUACUGGCCUUAGGAAAUUGCUUUGCUCCCGCAAUUAUUUCGCAGUCUUUAAAUCUCCAGGUUCGUGACUGA